UCACCCUUAUUUUUCUGCUGCUCUGCACUGCUCCCCUGCACCGAACAAAUUAUAUUAUAAAUCUUUCUUCUAUUCCUAGUUAUAUAUUUUUUAAAAUUUUGAGCUUUAGAUUUGUUUGUGGUUUUUAAGUCAGAAUUACGUUGAAUAUAAUAACUUUGUUUUCAUAUUCUCAAAAUAUAUAUAGAUAGAUAUACAUAGAUAUAGAUAUAUAGAUAUUGAUAUAUAUUUUGAUAUACUGAAUAAUAUUUUCUACUUAAUUUCAAUUUCGUUUAACUCUCACUCUCUAGUCCUUUCUUCUUUUCUCUCUAUUCAUCUCUGCUGCGUUUUCCGGCAAUACACCGUCGCUUCCCUGUUCCCGAUAGGUUGCUUUGUAGGUGGACUUCAAUUUGUGACUUGCUCUGUGAUAACAGUUAUUACAGUUUAAUUUAGGUGAAAAUCGUUUGAAUCCCCAAUAACAAUUACUGAACCAAUGUCUGAGGAGAAGAUGAGUGAGGAGCCUUCCACUGAACCUGAACAGGGAACUCAGAGUCCCAAUCUGGAGGACUGCUUGAAACUGCUGAAAGGAGAGCGAGACGAACAGCGUCUUGCUGGGCUACUUCUGGUCACCAAGUUCUGCAAAGCUGAGGAUCACUACUCUCUUCGGAGGGUGUAUGAUGCGGUUGGCCCUCGCUUUCUGUAUCGCCUUCUUAGAACUGGUAUGGGAAGUGGCGUCAAUGAGAAUCGCGAUGCAUAUUUAAGCCUAUCCAUCACUGUGCUUGCUGCAUUUUGUCGCGUUCCAGAUAUAGCUUCUUCGGAGGACAUGGUUUUGAAUAUUCCACUUGUGUUAGAAGUUAUAUCCACCCAGUCUGGCUCGUCUGUUCUUCAAGAAUGCUAUGAGUUUUUGUACUUGGUGUCAGCUGCUUCUGGAAAUGGAAUCACGAGAUUUUGUGAAUCUGGAGGCAUCAAGGUACUAGCUUCUCAAAUGAGUGCUUUGCAAGACGGUUCACAUGUGAUGGAAUUAUCUUUCAAACUUCUGCAAUUGAUUGUGGGUAGGAUGUCCUUUGAAAUAAUCCAGAAUAAUGACUUAUCUGAUAUCUCAGUUAUUGUGGCAGCAUUAGCAAGGCAGUUUGCUGUCUUGCACAAUUCCUUAAAAUUUGAAGCACUCCACUUGCUGAAUGCCAUUCUUACCUCAAAAGAUUCGACACAACUUCGUGAUGCCCUACGAUUACUUCCUCAAGAUAGCUGGUCAACCAAUAUCCGCACUGGUAUAAUGGCUGUUCUGCAGAACCGUGUUGCUCCUGCUGAAAGGUUGCAGGCUCUCAUUUUAGCCGAGUCUAUGGUUUCCAUGCAUGGAGAAGAUUGGUUGGUUAGCCAACUAAACACAAAUGAAGCACGGGAUCCAGCUUCAGCUGACAUGUGUCUGUUGCUUGUCUUGGAGCAGUCAAGGGUCGAAAUUGCUGUUCUACUGAAUGAGUUGGCAUAUUUGAAAUAUGAAGCGUCUCAGGAUACUUCAGCUACUGCUGAAGCAAUUUUUUCAAAGCGACAUAAUGUGGCUGUUGCUUACUCUUUGGUUGAGAAGAUAAUAAAAUUGAUAUCAAAUGUUGAGGAAAAUGAUGGAAACCUCCUAGAUGAAGGCACACUAACAAAGCUGAUUCUCCAGCUUAACGAGACAAUUGCUGUUGUACUAGAGUAUUUGGAAGAUGCAAAGGAACAUGGGCAAAAGAAAGGGGAUGAUUUACUUGCUUCAGUGCGAAUUAUUGGGAGCUAUCUUGCAGAAGCGCCUCUAGCAUGCAAGGAGAAGGUUCAAGAUCUUUUAGGGUAUAUGCUUUCCAUUGAAGGUGAAGAUGAACAAAGGCCCUUCUACUCUGUUUGCUUUCUUCUACCUAUGCUGUCUCAAAUUACUAUGAACAUUGAAGGAUGCAAAGCUUUGGCUUCUUGCAAAGGACUUGAGGCUGUUUUAGAUUGCUUCAAUAAAUUAGUUGGGUCAAAUGCUUUUCUUGAGGAUAAUGGUUGCAUUUUUUUGGCGUGUGAUACAAUAGUGAACCUACUAUUGAAGAAAGACAAAGUUCAUAUGAUGUUGGAUGAGUCAGCUAUUGUUCGUCUUCUUAAAGCAUUAGCUCAUUGGUCAGAUAGCACUGAUGAAAUGUCUAGUAUGAUGAUGGCUUCAAGCAUCUGUGCACUGGUAUUUGAAUAUACAUCAGAAGAGGCUCUUUUGAAUCGACCUGAUUUCAACUAUAGCACUCUUCGCACUCUUUAUCUGCUCAUUGCAAGAUGUCUGACUUCAUCAGAACAGGAUACUAAAGAGGAUAUGGAUCUUUCGGAAAUUAUCUCAUCUGGCUUCUCUCGAUGGGCUCAUCGGUACCCCCGUAUCAGAGAGGCUAUCAAGACAUGAUUUUGAUCCUCUUAAUCUGGAAGGUAGCAUUACUAAAUUCAAUGUGUCAAAGGCUUGGGUUUGGCUAAACACAUGACCAAACCCAACAUAAAGUUAGUCUGUGACUGUACCCGUGAACACUGUUAAAAUUUUUGUUUAGUAUAGUUUAUUGAGUUCAAUUUUAAUUCAUAGAAAUCUUUUACAUUACAUUCUGACUGCUUGUUACAACAUUAAAUUACCAGGUAUUCAUUGUUAAAGUGAAGUGAUGUUAUACAUCCAGAUGAUAACCCUAGUGCUAUAAAUGAAAAUCUAAGCUCUACUUUUACAAGUUUUUUUCUUA